AACCUGCGCGUCGCAGUUAUGGACUCUGGUGAACUGCGGUAUACAAACAUGGCAGUUGUAAGAAAAAUCGGGAAAUUAUCAAAUAAGUUACUUAAAAACAAUAUACCUCGUAUAUGCAUCGCCAGAGGUGCAUCCAACGAAGGAGGGGAAUUUGACGAUGAAGAAUUUCGAAAAUUUUGGGACAUGAAGAAACCUGCUGCAGUAAAAGAGUAUAUGCCAGGGUAUUAUCCAAGAAACGAAGAAGAAAGACGUAAAGCUGCCGAAAAAUAUGGAAUGCAUCCAGAUGAAUACAAACCAUAUCCUAAUGAUCACAGAUAUACUGGAGAUUAUCCAGACUUACCAUGGAUAGGUGUUGCAGCUAAAGAUAUUUAUUACCCUUGGGAUUAUCCUGCCAUGAAAAGAAAUUUUGAAGACCCUAUACAUCAAAACAUGGACAUGAUGGGAGAAGAUCGUUAUGACUAUGGUGUUAGGAAACUAGUUGGUGAUAAUCAAGGACUUUUUUAUUGUAUUGUUACAUUGGCUAUAUGCUUCAUUCUUCAUGAAAUAGCUCCAGAAACAAGUCAACAAAGAAUGGAAAAGCAAGUUCCAUUCACAGGAGUUCAUUAUACCUUUGAACCACGUGAAUAAACAUGUAGCAACAUGUACAAUUAUAAGUAGUCCUAAUAAAUAAACCAGCUUAUGCUGAUCAGUUUAUAAUUUGUAUUAUAUUCAUAUUAAAUAUGAGAUUCUUCAGUUAA